GCAGCUUGUGACAGGUCGGCAUUGCCUCCGGAAACAGUAGCUAAGGAAGUCAGGGAGCAGGAGGAGAGCAACAGAGAGCAGCCUUCCGCCUGUCACACAGACACAGGCAUGUCAGAGCCCGGGCUCCCGCCAUACACCCCGACACCGGCCGCCUGAGAGCGGGAACCCGGGGACAGGCCGGCAGCGCGGACAUUGCAGGCCCUGCAGGGUAUUUCCAUCACCAUGAUUCUAAGCUUACAUCCCCUGGAGAACCUGAAGGCCUAUAUUAGCAGCCGACCGCCGCUGGUGGUCUUUAUGGUCAGCGUUAGUGGGAUGGCCAUAGCCUUCUUGACUCUGGGUUACUUCUUCAAGAUGAAAGAAAUCAAAUCACCAGAGAUGACAGAGGACUGGAACACUUUCCUCUUAAGGUUUAACAACCUGGACCUGUGUAUAUCUGAGAAUGAAACUUUGAAGCAUCUCCUCAAUGAUACUACCCCUCCUGAGAGUACAGUGACCACCGGCCAGGCGAGGUCAUCCACUCAGACACCACAGGCAUUAGAAGAUUCUGGACCCAUAAAUAUCUCUGUAGCCGUUACACUGACUUUGGAUCCUUUAAAGCCCUUUGGAGGGUUAUCUCGUAACGUAACACACCUGAGCUCCACAAUUUUUGGCCACCAAAUUGGUCUUUCAGGCAGAGACUCCCAUGAGGAGAUGAAUAUUACUUUCACUCUGCCAGCUGCAUGGAACUCCGAUGACUGUAUACUCCACGGGCGCUGUGAGCAGGUGGGAUUUACCACAUGUAUGACCGUAACGGCAGCAAGCAGCGUGUUUCCAGUUACACUUCAGCCGCCACAUUGCAUUCCUGAAACAUACAGUAAUGCCACUCUGUGGUACAAAAUCUUCACCACCGCUCGUGACUCGAGGACAAAGUAUGCACAAGAUUAUAACCCAUUCUGGUGUUACAAGGGAGCCAUUGGAAAAGUGUACCAUACUUUAAAUCCCAAACUCACAGUCAUUGUUCCAGAGGAUGACCGCUCCCUUAUAAAUCUGCAUCUGAUGGAUACAAGUUACUUCCUGUUUGUGAUGGUUAUCACCAUGUUCUGCUAUGCUGUGAUCAGAGGAAGACCAAGCAAAAUAAGACAAAGCAACUCUGAGUUUUCUCCAGAAAAGGUUGCACUGUCUGAUGCAUAACCUUCUCAACUCUAUCUUGAAUAGAUGCAAUUGGAGUCAUAGCCUGUUGACCCCACCAAGAGAAUGUGUCUUGUGUUCUUCUGAAGAGGAGAGAACACACAACCUUGCAACGUUGGUUCGAUCCAACCAAAGACAUUUCAAGUGCCUGUAAUUGUUUUGUACAUAUUUAUAAAUGGGUACAUUUAAAGAGGCUCGGUGCAUACUUCCUGCAUUGCAGGAUCUUGUAUUUUAAUCCAUUGUACCUGUGGACUAGCUGUCUUUUUCUUGUAUAGAUAUGUCUAGUGGCUAUGUCUAGUUGGCAGUGAGGGUUGUCCAUUCAUGCGUGUGUAAUGAAGAUUGAAGCAAUGUCUUUCACUUAAUGUUUUGCGCAAAACUGCACUUUCUUGUACCUAGCUAAAAUAAACCUAGCAUCUGUUCGAAUGAAGGGUAAA